ACAUGGCUUAGCCUGCGCCCCCCAAAAUAACUUACCCAAAAAAAACAUUCUCACUUAACCUCGAAAGGCCACCAAUUUCGGGCAAAUGGCGACCACGGUCCCCGACAACCUAAGCGGCGACCAAUACGUUUACUUAGCGAAGCUAGCCGAACAAGCCGAACGCUACGAGGAGAUGGUCCAGUUCAUGCAAAAGCUCGUCCUGGGCUCGACACCAGCCGCCGAACUGACCGUCGAGGAACGGAACCUUCUCUCCGUCGCCUACAAAAACGUGAUCGGCUCUCUACGCGCCGCGUGGCGUAUCGUUUCCUCCAUCGAGCAGAAAGAAGAAGGUCGGAAGAACGAGGAACAUGUCGUGCUCGUUAAAGAGUAUAGAUCAAAGAUCGAAGCUGAGUUGUCGGAUGUGUGCGCUAGUAUUUUGACUUUGUUGGAAUCGAAUCUGAUUCCAUCGGCGGCCGCGAGUGAGUCGAAGGUUUUCUAUUUGAAGAUGAAAGGAGAUUAUCAUCGGUAUUUAGCGGAGUUUAAGGUUGGUGAUGAGAGGAAAGCUGCUGCUGAGGAUACUAUGUUGUCUUACAAGGCCGCUCAGGAUAUUGCGCUGGCGGAUCUGGCACCAACGCACCCCAUCAGGCUUGGGCUGGCACUCAAUUUCUCGGUGUUUUACUAUGAGAUCCUCAAUCAGUCUGACAAGGCAUGUAGCAUGGCGAAACAGGCAUUUGAGGAAGCCAUUGCUGAGCUUGACACACUGGGAGAAGAGUCAUACAAGGACAGCACUCUCAUUAUGCAACUCCUAAGGGAUAACCUCACUCUCUGGACUUCGGAUGUGCAGGACCAGUUAGAUGAACCCUAGAAGGUGUUGAAAGUCUUGUUGGUCCUAUUCUUCUUCUGGAGGAGGUGGGCUUUGAAUGUCAUUUGUUUAUGCUGAUUAAAGUGUGUAAUUUAAAAAUGGAAAGCAACGCUUGGCAUGAUGUUGCUAUACUCGUACUAAACUUGUUUUGCGAUUUGGAAGUGAUUUGGAUAGGUAGCAUUUGCCAUCUAGUUAGCUAGA